AUGGCUCAGGUCUACUCUAGCUUGGGUAAUACCAAUGCUGAAGACAACUAUGACUUCGCCAAAGACUCUCAGACCAAAUAUUCUACCGAUGCACUCGAAGGCGCUUAUUUUGUUGGGAACGUGGAUGAGGAAGAUCUGGGUGGGGAGUCUGGCUGGUCCGAUGAGGACGCAGCUCCCGCUCAGCCUGCAAAAUGGAGAGUUGCCGACCUGAACACAAACAAUGACACCAUAGCCAUGGCUGCUAGGGGCGCGGUUCCAGCUCUAGGUUAUGCGUCCAUGACAAGGAAAAUCGAGUCCCAUGCUGCAUUCACAGGCCGCGCUCCCACGCAGCAUUCACUCAAAACAGGCACUUUGUUCACUCAGAUUCUUGAGCUUUUCCCAGAUAUUAGCCUUGCAUAUGUGGAGGAGCUCAUUGAUCGCCACGGAGGCAAUGUCGCCCGUCCUGGCCCCACGGCGACCCAGGAGGAUUUACUGAUGCUCCAACUGACAAUCAGGGAGAUGGUGGUCGAAGAGAUUCUUGCCAACCCAUCUUAUCCCACACGCAAGCAGCUAAAGAGAAAGAGGGAUGAAGCCUCGCAACCCGAGGACAGUGACAAGAAGUGGGAAACAGCUACGCACGACGGUGAUCACAUGUACCAAACCGCUGCAUCUACUUUGCUAUCAGAAUCAUUUCCUCAAGUCCCUGUCAAUUACAUUCGCCAGGUGUUCAAGGAAAAGAAGAACUUGUAUUGUGCUUUUCUGGCUCUUUCGGCCGAAGAAAACGAAGCUGCAUCCACCAGGCUACCUUACGAAAGGUUAAAACGGGCGAGAAUACAGGGGAGAUACAGGGAUGGACGGAGGCACAUGUAUCAUCUUCCAGCUUGGGGGCAAGCCCAGGUGGAGCUUGAAGCUGCCAGGGUCAAGCUUGCGAAUGUCACUGAGGCUACGCGCAAACGAAGGGAGCGUGAAGACGCCGAGAAGGAGAAUGAGGAACAGCAUGCCCGGGCAGGUACACUGGUUGAAUGUCAAUGUUGCUAUGCAGACGUUCCCCCGAACAGAGCUAUUCCCUGCGAAUCUGCGGAUAUCCAUUUCUUCUGCUAUUUGUGUAUCCGCAAAUCUGCGGAGACUCAAAUCGGUAUGAUGAAAUACCAGGUCCGAUGCUUCGACACUAGCGGCUGCCAGGCAGGUUUUACCCGUUCCGAGCUAGCUGAGGUACUUGGAUCUCCGAUGAUGGCGAAGCUCGAUGCGCUUCAGCAACAGGACGAAAUUUCUCGCGCUGGUAUCAAGGGCCUCGCAGCUUGCCCAUUCUGCGAAUUCAAGGCCAUCUGCCCGCCUGUCGCAGAAGAUCGGGAGUUUCGUUGCUGCAACCCUUCGUGUGAGAUUGUUAGUUGCCGGCUGUGCAACGAGACCACCCACGUGCCCAAAACGUGCGAAGAGGCCAGGAAGGAGAGGGGCAUCUCCGAGCGCCAUCUGGUUGAGGAAGCCAUGAGCGAGGCUCUCAUCCGCAGCUGUCCUCGGUGUCAGGUCAAAAUCGUCAAGGAAUUCGGCUGUAACAAGAUGACAUGUACAAACUGCCGCUGUGUCAUGUGCUACGUAUGCAAGAAAGACAUUUCGCGUCAACAGUAUGCUCAUUUCGGCCGUGGGCCAAACACCUGCCGUGUGGACGAUGAUCCCACGCGCGACCAGCAGGCCAUUGAACAAGCCGAGAAGACUACAAUCGACAAGAUCCGCGCACAGAAUCCUGAUCUUACUCAGGAGGAACUCCAAGUGCGCCAUCGGGAGUCGACCACGUCCAACCGUAGAAGAGGUUGGGAGCGGCCUGUUCUUCAUCAGAUGCAGGAAGUCCCUGAUGCCUUACCGCUACACCCAGAUCAGGUCCACCAUGAGUACCUUCGUCGUCGAGAAACAUUUAACCAGGUCAGGCCCAGGAUCGAAAAUCUGCGCAGGCUCCUGGCGGUCAAUGCGGCGCAGUUACCUCCACUUGAUCCCACUGAGCACAUCCCGAAUGAGUUCAACUACGCUCCCCCAGCCGGUCAGCAUCAACACCCCGUCUGGCCCUUUGCUCCUCUUGUCGAUCCUGGAGCCGAUCCGACCGACGGUGGUCCUGCCACCGCACUACCCGCGGGAACUGGUGUCCGCGAUGACCCUUUCGUCCUUGACGACAACGAGCAAGCGCUCGGUCAGAAUGCGCCGUUAGUCUAUGCGGACCCUCUAGCUGGCUACAUGCCAGCACCUGCUCAGCAGUAUCACAUACCUCCUGCCCCGUACCAUGCUGCGCAUGCGUAUGCCUACCCUUUUUUGCCUCAGCAACCGUUACCUGCGUACGGAGAUGCCUUCCUCCCAUUCCCAGGGGAUCUCUACCACAACUAG